AUGGGGUCGCCGGCGCGGGCGGCGCCCAGGUUCCGCGCCUCGGAGCCCCUCUUCGGCGAGGUGGCCCCCGAGGUCAUCGAGGAGACGUUGAUCCGUUUAGCUACGGAGAACGAGCGGUACCUGGGCGAGCUCUCGGGCCAGGCCGGCCGCUUCAAGGAGGCGCAGAUAGUGGAGUUUAUAUUUCUCUUGUCUGAAAAAUGGCACUUGGACCAGUCGGCAAGGUAUCAGGCAGUAGAGAUACUUGAAAGGUUUAUGAUUAAGCAAGUAGAACAAAUUUGUAAGCCCUCCAGAGAGGGCAGAAAAAGUAGUGAACAAGAAGAACAAGGCAAAGGCUGGAGCUCUCUGAAAGAUCAGAUAUAUGAUACAUUUGUCCUGCGACUUGUGUCAUGUAUUCAACUUGCAAGCAAACUUUCCUUACACUACAACAUAGUUAACAGUGAUACAGCUUUAAAAUUUCUGCAGUCCUUAAAAUACUCAUACACUAAACAGGAAUUGCUUGAGUCAGAACUUGCAAUUUUGAAAGCUCUGCACUUCCAGAUCAAUGUGUCAACUCCUUUGGCUUAUGUUGAAUUGCUUCUAGAGGUUUUAGGGCAUAAUGGCUGCUUACUUCCUGCAAAACCACUGCAUGAGAUGUGUAUGCACCUAUUAGACUUCUCCUAUCUUGCAAGAGAUGCCAUCUAUGACACUUUGUUGAAGAUUGCUAUUGAAAAUUCAACGCCAAGCAAACUACAGAUAGCAAAGUUUUUGACAGUCAAGGAAGAUUUCAUGCUCUUGGCAGUUGGAAUCAUCAGCACAAGUGCUUUCAUAUUAAACCCCAAGCACUGGAAUCAGGUUGUGGAGCAUUUAAACUGUAUCACUGGCAUUAGUUCACAAAGUAUCUUAGAAUUUUCUUAUGCAGUACUGAAACACAUCAUUGGCAGUACCACUCCAAAGCAGCACUAUAGGAACAGUGGAACAGGAGCUCCAGAGGACAGAAUUAUACCUCUUAAGUAGAAUUAUAUCUUCUGUAGCUAUUCCCUAGCAUAUCAGUAACAGACUUCUGUAACACUGGUAAUAGUCCAUCUAUUGUGGUACCGCACAGGAAACCCAAAGAAAUUUGGUUUUACUUUUGUUUUUGAAUACCAGGUGUUUUCUAACAUUGCAAAUGCUGUAUUUUAAUUAGAAAAGCUCAUUCUUGCAGGCUGUGCACCAAUGCUGUGGAGGGAGGGACACAGAAACAAAGUAGUACUUAGAAAUACCUCUUUCAGCACCAGAAACUUUAUUGUAAGAGCUACAUCUUCUAAGUUAUGAAUAUAAGUUUCCUUUGAAGAAACAGAAAACUGCAUGAGAGUCUUGCUUUGAAAAGGCAUUGAUGUGAAUGGUAAUUUGCUUGGUAAUUAGUAUUGCUAGAAGAAACUCCCGAGCCCUCAAUCAUUACAAACAAGGCCAUGCUUUCUUUCUGCAUUCGCUGCUAUCUUAAAAACUAGUUAUUGCCUCAGGCAGCUUGCUGCAGCCAUGUUGCUUGUUACCGUGCUCCCUCUUCCCUAGUGCUCAAAAGGUUUUUUGUUCUUAGCCUAAGAAAGCCAGCGAGUUGACCAAUGUUGUGUAAAGAACAGACUUCCACCUAUCUUUUAAAGCCUGAUGUAACUGUCGUGGAGGCAGAUACCUAUUCAGUGUGUCCACUGACGGUUCCAAAGGACGUUUAUGCUGUGACUCACAUAUGCUAGACGAAAGCACCCUUUAUGAAGAAUAGUGUUUUAUUAUGGUGUUACUCAGUGCACCUCCUUGCAAGAAC